UCACUCUGGAGGGGAGGAGCCGGUAACCUGUGCAAGACUGGAGGGGAGGAGCCAGUACACCGUGCAAGACUGAAGGGGAGGAGCCGGUACACCUGUGCAAGACUGAAGGGGAGGAGCCGCUACACCUGUGCAAGACUGAAGGGGAGGAGCCGGUACACCUGUGCAAGACUGAAGGGGAGGAGCCGGUACACCUGUGCAAGACUGAAGGGGAGGAGCCGCUACACCUGUGCAAGACUGAAGGGGAGGAGCCGGUACACCUGUGCAAGACUGAAGGGGAGGAGCCGGUACACCUGUGCAAGACUGAAGGGGAGGAGCCGAUACACCUGUGCAAGACUGAAGGGGAGGAGCCGAUACACCUGUGCAGGACUGAAGGGGAGGAGCCAGUACACCUGUGCAAGACUGAAGGGGAGGAGUCGGUACACCUGUGCAAGACUGAAGGGGAGAAGCUGGUACACCUGUGCAAAACUGGAGGGGAGGAGCCGGUACACCUGGGCAAGACUGAAGGGGAGGAGCCGGUACACCUGUGCAAGACUGAAGGGGAGGAGCCGGUACACCUGUGCAAGA